AUGACAGCUAGCGAUACAGCCGGUCCUUUCUUCAAAUAUGCAUCAAUAGCGCUCGCUGUUGUGGUUGGGUUAUAUGCGAUCCUCUUAGGGUUACUCACCACGUCGGUAUUCCAAUCACAUGUCGUUUAUCUGCACGCCAUUCAGAUGACAUGGUUCAAAGACCUUAAUGUACCUGAAACCUUUAGGUUCCUAAGGAACCAGGUCACUCCGUUCUCCAUUAAGACGCCGGACGGUGAACGUCUAUACGCUUGGCAUAUUCUUCCCGUGGAAUUAUAUCGCAAGCAUCAAAGUUCUCUUGUCGAAGAGCCCGUGGGAUUUUCAACAGAUAUCAAGUCUCGACUAGGAUUUCAAUUAUUGCGGGAGGACCCCGACGCUCGUUUGAUUCUUCAUAUGCAUGGCGCUGGCGGAACCGUCGCGUCAGGUUACCGGGUCCCAAAUUAUCGUGCGCUGUCAGCAGGCAAUCCAGGGAAAAUCCAUGUUCUGACAUUCGAUUACCGAGGAUUUGGCAAGAGUACCGGGUCACCAUCUGAAACCGGGCUCAUCGUUGAUGCACUAGCCAUUGUGGAUUGGGCAAUGAAUGUUGCAGGCAUCCCUCCAUCUCGAAUUUUUAUAUUUGGUCAAUCGAUGGGCACAGCUGUGAGCAUUGCUGUAUCCAAGCAUCUUGCUGUACAGAAUCCACCAAUAGUCUUCGCAGGCACGGUGCUGGUUGCACCAUUUGUCGACGUCGCGACACUGGUCUCGACUUAUCGAAUUGCAGGAACCGUGCCAAUUUUGUCUCCGGUUGCAAGGUUCCCUUUCCUCUUCAAAUAUCUUCAGCGAUUCAUUCGAGACAAAUGGCUGAGCAAGGAUGGCAUUGCGCAAUAUAUCCAAGCUAACGAGAUGAACGGAGAGAAAUACCGGAUAACAAUAAUCCACGCCGAGGAUGACUUUGACAUUCCAUGGCACCAUUCUCAGCUUGUGUUUUGGCAUGCGGUUAAUGCUUCGAUGCCAGCGGGGAUCAGUUAUGACGACCUUGAACAGAAGAAGCUUGACUCAAGAGCAGAUAUGGGAGCUGCUGGGUCCGUGGUGGAAUGGAAAACGGGGAACGGGAUCAUUCGCGAAGAAAUUUUGAAAACUGGAUUGCACGAUGUGAUCAUGGGGUACCCGGUGAUAACAAUGGCUGUGAUGCGAUUCUUUGAGGCGGCAGAUCCAUCAUUUACCACCUAA